CAAGUAUCCAUCUGUAAAGCUUCUGCCUCGCAGAGAUCAGGAAUUUUCUAAUAAUAUGUUAUCGGGAUAAAAAUAUUCCCCGGAUCGAAUUAUUAUUUUUUGUCGCGCGGGUGUCCACGAAAUUAAGACAAUUGCGAAUGAUCAGUCGAGCAGCGAGAAAAUAGCGCAACGUCGUGAACGGCGUCGGCAGCCAAAAUGUCGGCAAUUUCUUAACUCUAAGCGUACCCUCUGUCAACAUUUGUGAAUCUCCAUCGAAGUCAACAUCGAAUCAGUCAAUAAUUAAAUCGUCGAUGAUGUACGAUCGAUAUCGGAUCCCUUCGAUACAGUGAUAACACAGAAUCUCUGAAAUUGAGAAGGACAUGUGACUAGGCGGGUAUGAUUUUACAAAGAAGUUAAAAUGUCCAGCGAUAAUGAUCAGAUCCCCAAAUCGGGCAAGCGGAAGAAAUAUGUCAUACCUGAUAGCGAAGAUAGCGAUGAAUCUGUAGUGAACUUACGUAGAAGGAAAAAGACUUUUAGAGUUAUUAGCGAAGGUGAAAGCAGCGACGAAGAUAGUGAUGUUCUGAGACCAAUUGUUCGAAGAAGGAACCCUAGAGUCGAUGAGACCGAAAAUGAGACAAGUUACGAAGGUAGCAGUUCAGAUGAUACUUCAGAAUGGCAAUCAGACUGGAGCAGUUCGACAGAAUCAGAACAACAAGCUCCCGUUAAGCGAAAGCUACUUGAGAAAUCAAAAUCCAAAAAGCUUCAAAUAAUAGUAUCGGAUACAGAUACAGACACCAGCGAUGACCAAGUAGAAAAGUGUCCUAUAUGCUUGCUUCCUUUUAGAAAGCAACAAUUAGGCACUCCUUCUUCUUGCGAGCAUUGCUUCUGCUUAGAAUGUUUAAUGGAAUGGAGUAAAAAUAUAAAUACUUGUCCAGUAGAUCGCCAAACCUUUACAGCAAUCCAUGUCAGAGACGCACUUGGUGGACAGAUUACGAGACAUGUCCCAGUCGACGUGACACCUCGUGUAGAGGACGAACCACUGGAGGAUCCUACAUUUUGCGAAGUAUGCCACCUGAGCGAUAGGGAGGAUCGCAUGCUUCUUUGCGACGGAUGCGACUGUGGUUAUCAUUUAGAGUGCUUAAUUCCUCCGAUGAACGAAGUACCCAUGGAGGAAUGGUUUUGUCCAGAAUGUUCACAGAACAGUCAAAAUGACGCGGAAGUUGUGGAAAUUGAUUUAGAUGAAAUACCAGAUUUAAUGGAAGAGGCUCGCAGACUCGGCGUUUCUUAUGGCAGAACGCGUACUGGCGCGCCUCAAAAUUCUCAACCAAGAAUCGUACCUCGCACUAGGCAUACAGAACGUGUUAGAGCUACUAUUCGCAGAAGAAAUAGAGUUUAUGACAGUUCACAACCAACCCGUCAAUUAGCACUUGAUCCAAGCCAACCUUCUACCUCUUCUGGUUUGGAGUCUUUUGGAGACAACAGUCGAAGUCUUUCCCCAAGCAAUGCCUCUAACUCUUUAGGUUCCGGGGAUCGAAACUGUUUAAGUGGAAAUUCUAGAAAAUCGCGGAGACCCCAAAGAUCUGGAAGUAGAUCGAGCGAUACUAGCGACGAAAGUGUUUUAACGAAAACUAAACGGAGAAUCAAUAAUAGUAAUAAUUCUGUAAAUUCUGAUAACGGUAAAUCCAAGGAAGGCUCCAAGAAAAGUGGAAGUACUUCGAGGAAAAGUACCGGUAACAAGAAGUCUAGAAGUAACUUGAGGAGAAGUGGAAGUAGAAAUAAAUCGAAAAAAACGAGAGGAUCUAAGAAAGUUUCUAGUAGGGACACGCUAUUAAGAGAAGUUAGAAUUACGGAAUGUAACGAAGACGGAGAAGAAGAAGAAAUUGUAACUUUUGUAAAGGUGGCUUCGGUUGGGUCUACGAGAAGAAGAAGGAGAAGAAAAGGAAGAAAGAGAAGAAAAGUUAGACGUCAAGCUAGAACUGUGUCCAGUGUUUUAGCUAGUUCCAAAAAGAGACUCGCAGUUUCUUUAGGUAUUUGCAAACCUAUAAAGGGUGUUCCAGCUUUAAUACCUAGCGUAAAAAAUCGCCCAGUUUUCUCAGAAAGAUCCUCGUUGAACGUUACUCGAUAUAAUGCUGGAAUCUCGAGGCUUAGUCUACUUGGAGAUAAUCUUGACUUGAGUUAUAGUCCUCCAGGAUCUGAUAUAGAGGAUUACAAUGGAACUGGGCCUACCAUGACCAUUCACAGACGAUCAGCGAUCUCUUCUCGUAGACAGCUUCGUUUAAAAAACAUCGUUAAUCCUCAGCCACCUCAAGCUGAUCUUUUAAGCAGCAUAAUAAGCAAUCAAGAAGUUUGGCAUUCAAAGAAUAAUAACAUAAUUCUGAAAGCUAAUGGUCUUCUCUUGGCUGAGAAAAAGGAAAAUACUGACAAUUUAAAGAAGAAGAAUGUAGAAGAAGAAAAAUCGUCUGAAGUAGAAGAGACAGUAUCCGUAGUAGAGAAUAGAGCUUCCGGAACCAAUAGCCCAUUGGAAGUGUCUGGAAUCAAUCCAGAGUUGAUCAUACAGGCUCCGAUGUAUAAUAAUCCUUGCGGAGGGGGGAACAGAGGUAACUUCAGAGGUGGUUACAGAGAUAACACAAGGCACAGCCAUGGAGGCCAGAAUUAUGGACGAGAUUCUUUACCCGGAAGUGGAAGACACAGUUAUGGCGGAAGUGGAAGUAAUUUCGGAAGAGAUUUCGGACCGCCUGCAUUUUAUAAUCCGAACUUUGAACAUUGCGGGCCCCCAAUGUUUGGAGGAACUCCUCCAUUUAGGAAUCGAAACCCUCAACACUUCAGAAACGAAAGAUUUCGUUUCAUGCCUCCUGGAAGACCUCCGUUCAAUUUCAGCGAAGGUUUCGAGCACCACUCUUUUCCUGAAAGGUUUAAUCGUCCUAGAUCUCCUCAAGCUCCUAUCGAUCGGCCUCAAAAUAAUAUGCCAGCAAACUUACCAGAAGACACCGCUGGAAGUCAAUCCACGGAACAGCAACCCCAAGAUGCCGAGAAUGUUUCUGUUAGGCCAGAAGAAGAUUGCGAUAUCUAUUGUGAUAUAGAGACUAAAUCCGAUGGAGAACUUCAAGACCAGCAGAACGGCUCGGUGGCGUUGUUGCCACCUCCAGAACCACCGUCGGGUCUCCUAGACUUCGAAGAGAACUCUAGAAGCGACAAAGACAGCGAUCAAGAAUUAGUUAUCGAUGAUAGUCAAAAAGAAGACACUCCAAAGAAUGACAAGUACGAUCCUUUCUCUGUGGAUAGUGACAGUGAUAGUGAAGUAAAAAAGAACGAAGAGGUUGUAAAGAAAACUAAAGAAGAGAAGACUGUAGAAUGCGUUAUACAACCCGAGCCUUCGGAUACGUUGGCACGUUUAUCAGUUUACGAUGACGACGACGAAGAGGACUCCCAAGCUGACUGUCCAAAUUUCUCUAUCUAUUCUUCUCAAACGAUGGAUGUGGCGCGUCAUACCGAACAACAAUUAUCGCAACAGAUAGGACCUCUCGAACCACCUCCUCUUCCACCUUCGAUUCCAGACGACGACGACGUCAUAGUUGGCGAUGUUCAGGCUUGCGAUCUCGCGGAUAUUCCAGAACCGUCGGACCCGUAUGUCGAAGCCCUGAGGAAAGAAAGACAGACUCUUAGUAAAAUUCCGCCGAAAAAAAUUUCUCACGACUGCAGAGGGAAAAUUACUUUCAAAAUCGGAACUAAAUUGAAGAUUAAUAACAGAUUGUUGGGACUGCAAGAGGAAGAAGAGAAGGAGGACGAGAGCGAAAAGAAGAAGGAAGUUGAACAAGUAAAGGAGGAAGAGACCCACAUCGAUCGCGACGAAGAACGAAAGAAGAUCGCUAAAAGCAAGUUCGAGGAAGAAGCUCAAUCUGAAGAGGAUAAAGAGGAAGUUCUAGAGGAGUUGUCGAUAUUCGCAAAUCCGCCAAAUGUUAAAGAGAAAGAUACAGACGGGGAACAAAAAGAGGAAGAAUCAGCAGCGAUUUCUACAGUUGAAGAAACAGAAAAGAUCUCUGAUAUAGAUGUACCUCCCGAGAGAAUUCGAUUAUCCCCUCCAAAGCUGGAAAAUGAGUUAAGCAACGAAUGUGUGUCGAUACCAUCAUCGGAAGAAGAUAGUGAAACUUCCACUCCGCAUCCCAAGAUUCCAACGAUCGAGAUUAUCGACGACGAAUGUCCAAUCGAGUCAUCUAAAAUGCAGGAAGAGCCCAAUAAAGUUAAUAUUGUGACGGCUGAUGUAGAGAAUAAUAAAAAAGAUGAAAAGGAACAGCGUCGAGGGGGCGAAGAAGAUGAGGAAGAUGAGGAGGACGAAGAGGAAGAGGAAGAGGAUGAAGAGGGCGAAGAAGAAGAGGAAAAUGAGAUCGAGAAUGAAAACGGAAAAGAAAAAUUUCCUAUUGAAAAGGAACCGUCAGAUAAAGAGAAAGAAACGUCGGAUAAGGAAGGAGGAAUAUCGGACAAGGAAACUGUAGUCGGAGAAGCUGGUAAUAGAAGCAAUUGGGAAUCUAAUGAUGGAGCGUACACACCUUGCAAGGAUGAACUUCCUUUGAAGGAAUCAAGGUCUUCGUUUGAACAGCUACCGCCUCUUGAAAGCGGUUUAGAGCCAAUCACGCCAACGAAAGACAAGCUUGACGAUUUAGACAGCUGCAGAACUCCGGUGGAUUAUAAUGUCUUGGGUACUGAAGCUAUUUCAGAGACAGACGAAGCAAUGAACUUUGAAGACGAAUUGACUUUACUGACUCUACGUAAGGAAAAAGAAAUGGAAGAUGGAGAGAUCGUCGAAGAGAAGACUACCAAGGAAGCUGAGAAGGUCGAGAAAGAGAAGGAAGAGGACAAGAAACGUAAGAAGAAGGAUAAGAAAGAAAGAGGCAAGGACACUGAAAAGAAUAAAGAAAACAUUGCUUCGGAGAACCAAGUAGCGUGGAAGAAACUGUCGAAAAGCACAAAAGAAAGAUCAUACAGGGACAAGGAGAAAAGAUCGAAGUCAAAGGAGAAAGAUAAACAGAAGAAGAAGAAGGAAGUAGUUAAAAAGAAAGAGAAACGAAAAGAAUUGCCUAGGUACGACGUUAGGAAAAUAGUUGCAGAGAGACCUUCGAGACCUAGGAAGGACGAAUACGGAAGAGAUAUUAGAGAAAAGUCGAGGCAAAGGAGCAGAUCUAGGAGUUGUAGUUCGAAACGUUCUAGAUCGUAUUCCAAACUUCGAUCCAGAAGUAGAUCGAGGAUUAGGCUUCAAAGAUCUUGGUCUAGAGAUCGUAGAUCAUAUUCGAAAUCCCUCUCCAGAAGAAGAUCCCUUUCACGAGGAAGACGUAAAUCACCGAAAAGAAGAUCAACCUCCAGAAGAAGAUCUUCGUCUAGAAGAAGAUCGAGAUCUGUUUCUCGAAAACGACGAUCUCUGUCGAGGAAGAGAUCCAGGAGGUCGGUGUCAAGGUCGAAAAGAUCGCUUUCAAGGUCCAGACAAAGAAGAUCUCUAUCAAGGUCCAGAAGGUCUUUGUCUAGAUCUCGCGACAGGCGUAAAGACAAGAAGAAAUAUAAAUCUCGUAGUCGUUCGAGAAAUCGCAAGAAGUCUCGAUCGAAAUCGCCUAAAAAAUCGUCCAAGUCCAGGGAAAGGAAACUUUCGAAGAGGAAAGCACAAAGUAGAUCAAGGUCGAGAGUGAGGUCUUGUUCUAGAAACUGGGAACAAAUCGAUAAAAUUGUGGAACAAGAUUUCUCGAGGCAAAGAGAAGAAAGAGAGAGAGACUCUUGGAGUGCUCAAUGGACACCUUCUUGGUCGAGAUCUAGAUCAAAAUCGCCUCAGCAUGUACAGCAGGAACAGAUUACAUCCAGAGAUUGGUCUCCGGUACUGGAUAAUGUUGCUGUCCCGCCAAAAAAUCUGACCGUUAUUCUAACAAACAAAGAAGCCAUCAAAAAGAAAAAGAAAGAACGCAGAAAAGAAGGGAAAAAGUCGAAAGAUGACAAAAAGAGGAAAGGGAAAAGGAACAGGACUCCUCCACCCUCGAAAGAAGUUUUUGCCAGUGGGGAUAAUAUUUUGGUUAGCGUAUGCUUCAACAAAGAUAAUGAGACUAUCCAGGCAGGUGUUCCAGAACUUCCAGAAACGAUUCCCUUAAUUCCUCCUUUAAAACGGCGUCGUAGAGAGCCCAUACAAGCUGAGCCUCCAAAACGCUCUAAGAAAGAUAAGACAAAAGAUAAGCGUUCCAAAUCUCCAAAACCCAAAAAGGAUAAAAAGAAGAAGUCGAAAGCUGCUGAGAUAGCUGCUACAAAGAAACCAGUCGCUGUAAUUGAUUUGGAUCAAUCACCAUUUAGAGAACAAACUCCAUCUCCGAGAGAUGUAAUAGUUCUCAGCGACGACGAUGACAAACAAGUUCAACAAAUAGCGCUAGAUCAGUGUCAACCCUCGCAGAACUCGCCGCAGAGAGAGCAGUUUGUCUCUCAAGGUCCGAAAACACCUCCGGAGCCACAAAUAAAAUUCUCGAUAAAUAAACAGACCAGUAACUUGCGACCAUCGAUGUUGAAUCCACUUUUGGAUGAAGAAGAAGAGGAAGAAAUGGAUGAAAGGGUCGAAGAGGAAUUAGAAAUGAGAGCACAAGAAGAAUUAGAGUUAAGAUUGAAAAUUGGACCAAAUACUCCCCCGGAGCCUCCGACUUCUCCGCCGACUAGUCCAGACGCUUAUGAUCCGUUUGAUCCAACGAAAUCUAGAUCACCAACACCUGAUGCAAGCCAAGAAGCAAAUUCCAGCGACGAAAGAAGAAGGUCCCCGCGAAAACAUGAUUCUGUUGAUGGGAUCAUCGAAGAAGAAAAUAUACAGAAACAGGAGAGGCAAAGUCAAGAAAAGCAACUGGAGAAACCUAAGAUUAUUUCAAUGGUCACAAUUAAGAGAGCUUCUCCGCAGAGAGAUGAUGCUAAUGAGAAUGAUAACAAUAAGGAUACUACUGCUUCGACUGGAAACAUGGAGGCGCAGCAAGGCCAACAAAAUGCACAGAAUCAGAACAAUCCUUUCGGAGUCAUCAAUCCUGUACUGGCUACUGUGGCUGCAGCUGUACAAAGAAGUGGAGUGUUCAAUGCUUCGAAUACGAAUAGCAGUCAACGCACGUUGUUACAGUCGAAUCGUAUUUCACCAAGUAAUCAACAGAAACAACGUAGCCAAGCACCCGCAGCCUUUGCAAAUUCAGGAAAACCGUUAAGAGGUAGUAAAUCUGGUCAAACAAAGAGCAAUGGACAGAAUGGCAACGAUCCUGUUACAGAAAUUGUAGAUAACGUGGAUAUGUCUUCGCCAUAUUCGCCUGGGUCGACCCUCAGCGAUGGCAUGUUCGAUCCUCCAAGUCCUAUAAACUUUAAUAGCUCGCCUGGAACUGGAGCAGGAGGUGCUGGAGGACCUAUUGGAUCACAAACCACGAAAACUAGUAGCUCGAAAACAGCGAAGAGUGCGGAUAAAAAAGAUCCCUUCGAUGCUCUUUUCAACAUUAUGCCAAGUACGAAGACCUCGAAACAGACUAGAAGCAAAAAAGCUGACAAGGAUAAGAAGAAGAAACCAACGAAUCCAAAAGUUGGCGUGAGAAUGGACGAGAACCAGCUUCAAAUAUUGGAUGAUCUUCCAAGUUCGGCUGUUGAAAUGCAGGUCAAGGAUAAGUUCCUAAAGAAAUUGAAUCGUCAAGAGCGGGUGGUUGAAGAAGUGAAAUUGGUACUGAAGCCACACUAUACGAAAAAGCAUGUUACGAAAGAAGAGUACAAGGAUAUUAUGCGGAAAGCGGUGCCCAAGAUAUGCCACAAUAAGACAGGAGAGAUAAACCCAAAAAAGAUUGCCCAUUUAAUAGAAGCUUACGUCAGGAAAUGCAGGAACAUCAAGAAGAAAACUUCUGAGAGUUCUUCUGCAAAGGCCUCUAAACCCGCGAAAAUCAUGUGGAGUUGAUCACGAGUCAGCUAGGUGUCUGUUCAAUUCCCUUCAAUUUCGUAGUUCAGACGAUCGUCGUACUCGAUGAGCGGUGAGUGAGCUUCGAGACAACUAGUCUCCUCCUCGAUGAUGCGAUGUAUCUUGUAUUCUGUGUAAAUACGUAAUUAAUUAAUUGAUUAGUCGAUUGAUUGAUUGGUCGAUUGGUUGCUUGCUUGGUGGAUUGAUUGAUUGAUCGAUUAAAUUGUAAGAGUACCAUUUAUUAUUUAUAUAAACAAUACCCUUUAUCUCGCGAGGGAAUUCAACCGUUUUUAUGGAAGAUCCAUUGAUUAUAUCAUUUUUGGUUCUUUUUCUUCGAUUUUAGAAGAUUCAUACUUAGUUGCAUGGAGAUCGAUUACUACUGUUUUUACAAAAUUUCAAAAAAUCUAUCAAACAUAAUUGAAAGUCAUCAGUUUAAAAUUUACAGACUUCCAAUACUCUUUAUUUUUUUUUUUCUUGAAUAAUUAAAUGACUAUUUUCUAAACGCAUUUAAGCACACUGGAUUUUCGGCUAUUCGUAUAAAUUAACGAUGUAAAUUCAUAAUUUCGAAGUAGCAUAUUUAUAUAACUUGAAGCUAAUUGUUUCUCGUACUUAUGAAUUUAUUAUUGUUCGAAGAAUAUUUAAGAAUAAAACAUUAGUCGAUCUCCACUACAAAUUUUGUAUACAUAUUGUAUUGCUGAAGUUUGAAAUUAUUGAAAAUGUCAAAAUAUCAGAACUUGUAGGCGUGAAAUUUCGUACAAAAAAAAAAGAAACAAA